CCCCCCCGUCGGAGGAUGCUGCGAGCCGCCGGUGCAGGGAGCCGGGACCCGGAGCAGCCCAGAGGCGGCGGCCGGUGCAGCCCGGGCUCCCCCUGGUGGCCGCAGCCGGCAGCAGCAGCGGGCGGGGCCCGGGAAUCCCCCGAAAGCGAAACCGGGCGGGCUCGCGCGGGGUCCGGGCGCUGCCGCCCCGGGAGAAGGAGCCGGAGCCGGAGCCGGAGCUGCAGACUGUCCUCCACCAUGGCGCUGCCCCUCACCCUGCGUCUGGGCUGCCCCCUGCUGCUCUGCGACCUGGCCCUGCUGGCCCUGCUGGGCUCGGGCGCCCCCUCGCUGGCCCCCCUGGGGCUGCCGGCCACCUGGCUGGAGGCUGCGGUCCGUUUUCUGGGGCUCUGGGGGGCCUGGGGGCUGCUGGCCCCGGAUCGGCCCGGCCUGUCUCCCACCAGGGCCCUGGCUGCCCUGUGCCUGCUGCCCCCCUUGUACCUCACCCUGCGGAGCUGCCUGCCCCUGCCCAACGUGCCCCCCGCCCUGCUGGCCGGCGCCCCCUGGGCCUGGCUGCUGCUGAGCUAUGGGGCAGUGGGGCUGGCCCAGCUCACCUGGGGGGCCCUGGGACAGAGGGACAGGGCUGGGGGGCCCGGCUCUGAGGACACGGAGCGGGAGUCCAGGGCCACCCUGCGCCGGCUGGUGGGGCUGUCCCGGCCUGAUGUGCCCUUCCUGUCCGGGGCCUUCGUCUUCCUUGCUAUAGCUGUGAUUGGCGAGACGUUCAUCCCCUACUACACGGGACGUGUCAUCGACAUCUUGGGCAGUGCCUACGACCCUGACACCUUCACCACCGCCAUCGGCCUCAUGUGCCUGGCCUCCUUCGGCAGCUCCCUGGCCGCCGGCUGCCGCGGGGGACUCUUCAUGUUCACGUUCUCCCGACUCAACAUCCGCACCCGGUGCCAGCUCUUCUCCUCCCUGGUGCACCAGGACCUGGCCUUCUUCCAGCAGGUCAAAACAGGGGACCUGACCUCGCGCCUCUCCACGGAUGCGGCCAUGAUGAGCCGCUCGGUGCCGGCCAAUGCCAACAUCUUCCUGCGCAGCCUGGUGAAGGCGCUGGGGCUGUACGGCUUCAUGCUGGGGCUGUCCUGGCGCCUGACGCUGCUCACGCUGGUCGAGACCCCCCUCACCAUGGCCGCCCAGAACCUCUACAACGCCCGCCACCAGGCCGUGCUGAGGGCGAUCCAGGACUCCCUGGCGCGCUCCGGCGAGGUCGUGCGCGAGUCCGUCUCCUCCAUCGAGACCGUGCGCAGCUUCGCCACCGAGGAGGAGGAGUCGGGGCGCUACGAGGCGGCGCUGGCCGAGACCCACCGGCUGAAGAGCCGCCGCGACCUGGAGAGGGCGCUCUACCUGCUCUUCCGCCGGCUGCUGCAGCUGGCCGUGCAGGUGCUGAUGCUGUACUGCGGGCACCAGCAGAUCCGCGCCGGGCUCCUGACCAAGGGCAGCCUGGUCUCCUUCAUCCUCUACCAGGGGGACGUGGGCAGCUAUGUGCAGACCCUGGUGUACAUGUACGGGGACCUGCUGAGCAAUGUGGGGGCGGCGGAGAAGGUGUUCGAGUACCUGGACCGGGAGCCGGCCGUGCGCACCGACGGGACGCGGGCGCCGGAGUCGCUGCAGGGACACGUCUCCUUCCACAACGUCUCCUUCUCCUACCCCUCCCGCCCGGACUGCCAGGUCCUAAAGGCCGUGUCCUUGGAGCUGCGCCCCGGGGAGGUGACGGCGCUGGUGGGGCUGAACGGCAGCGGGAAGAGCACGUGCGUGGGGCUGCUGGAGCGGUUCUACGAGCCCCAGGCCGGGGAGAUCCUGCUGGACGGGGCGCCCCUCCGGGAGUACGAGCACCGGUACCUGCACCGCCAGGUGGCCCUGGUGGGCCAGGAGCCCGUCCUCUUCUCCGGCUCCAUCCGGGAGAACAUCAUCUACGGGCUGGGGGGCUGCGGGGAGGAGCAGGUCACCAGGGCGGCCAGAACGGCCCACGCCUCCGGGUUCAUCGCAGAGCUCGACAGCGGCUUUGAGACAGACGUGGGGGAGAAGGGUGGGCAGCUCUCAGCAGGGCAGAAGCAGCGGAUUGCCAUCGCCCGGGCGCUGAUCCGCCAGCCGGCCGUGCUGAUCCUGGACGAGGCCACCAGCGCGCUGGACACGGAGAGCGAAUGCGCGAUCCGGCAGUCGGUGCUGAGCCGGGGGCCCCGGACGGUGCUGGUGAUCGCCCACCGCAUGCAGACGGUGGAGAACGCCGACAGGAUCGUGGUGCUGGAGGGCGGGGCCGUGGCCGAGGAGGGGACGCACGCCGAGCUGAUGGGGCGCGAGGGGCCCUACUACAGACUGGUGCAGAGAGACCUGGCCGAGUAGCCCACCGCCCCGGGGAAUAGCCCAACACCAGCCUCACGGGCCUGCCCCCUCCUCCCGCCGGCCCAGUGUUACACGGAAAAUAUUGACAGCGUCUGAUCGGUGUAUUAUGUUGGGUCUCUGGCUUUAUCGUCUGUGUUAGGCUUUGGGUUCUGUGCAGAGGGGUGUCCCGGGGGGUGGAGGUCGGGGGGGGGCAGGCGUGUUCGACUGGCUGAGCGCGAGACGAGUGUUUUGUAAAAUACAUUAAAGGGGUGAAACGUCCGACCGGAGUCUGGGGUGGCCUUUGGCUGGAAACGCCGUCGCUGGUCUCGUGGCCCAGCCCAGGGCUGCAGGUCGCUCUCGGUUGAACCAGUCCGUGGCUGUAACGCCCCACGGAGUCAGUCGUGUGUCACGAAGAGCGUGGCCUCCCGGUCAGCUGGCGCUCGCCGACCCCCACGGUGAGCUGUGAGUUGCCGGGUCAGGGUGUGGCUGGGGCUCGGCCCCCGGCAGAGCCAGCUCGCGGCUGCGGAGAGCCAGCAGGAGGCGCUCCAGGCUCUGAGCUGGGGUGCAGGGGGGUCUGUCUGUCUCACAGUAACAGCAGCUGCUGCCUCUCAGCGCCGGGGCCGGUGUCACGCCUGGUUCAUUCCCGGCUGGCAGAGCAGAGCUGAUCCCGGGGAGGGGGCCGCAGGUCACACGGACGCUGCUGGCAUGUCAGACAGGCCUUCGCGCCUGGGGGGAGCAGGGGGUGUGAGACAGGCUGUUAACCAUGGCCGGGCUGUGGGAUCAUUCACGGUCUCCGAGCUAAAUAAAACGUAACAAGGCUAA